AUAGGUACUGAUGCAUGGUGAUAAGAAUCUGUAGAAAGUUGGACCUGAAUCUCCUCCAUACCUCUAUUUUUCGAAAACUUUUCGACGCAGGAAAAUCGUGAGUACAUCUAGUAACAUUUUAUGUUCAAUUUUGGUGUUCCGGUGUCGCGGUAAACAAAAAAUUCGAGCGCUUCAGUCAGUUGAUGAGUCUGACUCUAAUACAUCUGUUCUUGAAUCUAACAAACUGCGCGCGAAAUGAGUAUACAAUAGUUAAGUUAGUCUCACACUCUCAACAUAUUUGUAUACUUGCCGGGUUUGUUUCGUUGAAGUUAACUUUUUGAGAACAUAGGGAUUUCUUGGUAUUGGAUGCUGUGCUCGUAGACAAGUGUCAAGUUUACAUUUUUACGAGAAGCUUUCAGAGCAGCAAGCGUUUAGAUGUACUUCGCAGUUCAACAUAGGUUACGUCGAUGCUUUAACCAACGAUCAUAACAAGGCAAUUCUCUUGAGCCUUUGUAAGGUUGGAAAUCAGUUGUAAGAAGGAAGUUUCGUUAUAAAUGAGAACGUAGUUUUCCAGUUGAUGUUAAUCAGGAACUUACAAUUUUUGCUAAAAGCAUUUACUCUGGAUAUGACACCAUACAGGUGACAGGUAGUCUCAAUAAUCAACAAUAACCCAUUUUGCUGUGCAAAAUAUUCAUCCUGAUGCGUAAAUGAGAUGUUUUAUCUCUACACGGUUUGUUUCAAAUCUUGAAUACAGUUUAUUUGACAGAAAAAAAAUGGUUUGAAAAUAUAAACUAGCACACGUAGGCCGGCUACUUGGUGAAGAUUAACUUAUCGUUCUACAUUCUUAAAAUUUGUCGCAUUUUCCAUGUUGUUAUUCACGCAGAUUGUAUUACAAACCGAUCCUAGUCCGACAAUCACGCAAUGUUAUGGAAGCUUAUGCGUGCUUUUAGGUGCUACAUUUCAACCUUCAGUCGUAAAGUUAUGUCAUUUUGUGUCAAUUUAUAUAAUUGAUUUUCGUUGGAAAAUCUUUGAAGAUUAAAACCAUAUAUUAUUUUCGAAAUGGCGGCCUUUUUGCUAUUGGAAGAUGGCAGCUUUUUUAUCAUUGGAAGACAUUUUUGGGGGUUUUGUUUAGACGUGCUUCAUCGCGUGGUCAUAAUUUUAGUACCACGGAUUCAAGAGAAAACUAACUUGAAUGUCCUGUGGUUAUACAGACCUUUAUCCUUGAGUAGGGGGGGCCACGUCAUUUCGGUGUUAUGGAUUCACGGCAAAGGCUAAUAACUAAUGUUUGAUAACUAUGCAGUCUGUAAACACCUUUAGAACAUCGAUAUAUUAGAACAAUAUUUACUUUUUGCUUUACACUAUGCUAUCAAGAUAAAGUUUACAUCAGCAUUCAAAGAAAUUUUCUCCUGUAAUAGCCAGCGGAGAGACUGUGAAAAGUAGCAAGUUGGAUUUCCUGAUGUGACAGCGAUAAGCGACUUGGAUAGGAUGAUGAAAUCUAACAGCGAAAUGAGAAGCACUAGGAGGGCUCAAAUCUGGAAAUGUUUAUAACUCGUGUAUUUUGUAAUCUUUUCUUAAGCGUAAUAAGGAAAUAGGAAAUUGUAGAGAAGCUUAUUUGCGUCCUUAUCCUCAUUUCGUCCGGUUGUAGACGAGUCUUGGGAAAUUGAGAAACUUAAAAGUGAAAUACGUGCAUGAGAAAACUCUUAAAACAAGUCACCGUCGCCCUUACAUAAUUGUUUACUUAGACUUUUUGUGUUUUUUUUUGUGCUAUACGUGCUCAUCGUCGAAUCAAUUUGACAUUUUGACCGGUAAACUGAACCAACUGAAUUAAGAUAAGUGGACGUGUUGGUUCUUGGUCCUGAAUCACCUGGAAUUGAUUUUGAAAAAGGCGUUCUUGAUCGACUGCCAAGUGAAAUGAAAAACGUUCAUAUGCGAUAUGUAAAAUUGCUAACCCUGCGCAGUUUUGAAACCUUUUCAAUGGCUCAUAGUACAUACGUUGUGGUGAUUCUAGAGAGUGCCAGCGAACGUGAACUGUGUUUGUGACAAUCAGAGUUAAAAAUACAUUUUUCAUUAUUCGACUGAAAUAGAUCGCUCUUUCUACUGUGUUUUUGUGGCAUAGGGACUCGUUAAAUUCAAGGUCUACACCUUAUCUGAGGUAGGUGGAAUAACAGAUAAUCUUCGGGCCGAUGUUUUCCGGAAACUCGCCUAUGCUUUAUAAAACAACAGAAGCGAGGUGUGCUAUUUAUAUAACUUAUGAUUAAAAACCUUCAACGCGAACGGUUAUUUCAUGUUCUUGCUGCUUGUGUGGUCAUGACUGCGAUUGAUGCCUGAUAGAAUGAUAUUUUUUUUCCUAUCCAAUGAUUUAAUUUACCACAGAUGCCAUAUAUUUUUACAAUGAUGUAUUACUGAUCCGAAAGUGGUGAUCUAUCAAAACAUAAUGCAGACUUUAGACUCUAACGUUGUCGAGGAGAGAACGAUUAAAUAUUGUAUUACAUUUAAAGGGAAUUAUUUCAAAGUGAUUUCAGGUGGUUUUUCCGGUUUACUGUAAAUCUUAUUUUUAGAAGAAGAGUUACUUUUGCACGAUAGGUGACCCAACUUUUCUACGGCUCUUUUCCUUCUGUUUGUAUGAAUUAAAUAGUAUUUUUAUUUCCUUGAAAUAGAAAAUUGUUUGUUUUAGUUUUUCCAUUCAUUCGAGAUGAUUUGAACAUCACGACAAGGGCUCGUUGAUAAACAGAAGAUAAGGAGUCAUAAGCCUAGUAAUCGUAGUAAACUGACUGAUAUCCCGUCAAAUAAGUCCAAUUGCCAGACGAAAAGUAAAUAAUUCACGUGUAUGACCUCCUCAAUAUUCACUUAUCCAGCCCUAAUUCAGAGGAAGUUGUAAACGGCUAAUUAAGUUCAAUAACGGAACCAAUUGAGACGUAAACCUAUUAAUUCUGUGGGAAAGGUUUUGCUGAGUGAUUUAUGAAUUGAUACUGACAGUUAAACUCCAAUAACAGAAAUUCCACAAACGGUACAGUCUGUAAAUAGAAUCAAGGCCUCGAAGGAACAGGAAACUAACUUUCCAAUAACCUCUCGUGUGCUGUUACCAACUGAGCUACGAAACAUUAUGUUGGGAACCUGACAGAUUAUUUAUAGUUGGUUCUUUGUCCCCCUUCGUGGAUGAAAAUCCCUAAAGAAGCUAAUAAACGUCUCGUCUUUCCAAGCAGAUCACAGUUCACCAUGGUCGUCUCCACAACAGAGCCUCCACCUACUGAGUCAGCCACCGUUAAAGAAGGCCUUCGCGUCUUUAAACUGGUCAUGUAUAUUACGAUCUUCAUAGUCAGUGUCCUGCUGAAUAGUUUUAUGCUCUUAGCGCUGUGGAGGAAGUUUCGCCGUCACAGAAGAACUGCCAAAAGUUUUAUUAUUUUGAUGCAGAAUCUCGGCGUAUCUGGCCUCGUUCUGGUGGUAGCUUCGAUUCCAUUUGAUGCAGUGUCGCAAGACGCGGACAGCUGGCCCUUUGGAGCUGGGGGCUGCAAGAUUCUUUACCCGUUACAGACAGUUGCUUUACAGGCUAUGGUAUUCACGUACGUGGCUCUAGCUUAUCAUCGAUGGUAUGGUGUGACAAGGUGAGUUCGUGACUCUCUAAAGGUGGUAUACGGGACGAAAAUAUCCAUAAUCCUCUAAACGUAGCCCGGUUUGGGCUGUGGUUGGAUCACGAGAUGGUAACUUUUGAAGAAAGGCUCCUUUUAGAGAGAAUUGCUGACUCAGUUGCGCGUUCUUCACUCACAUUAAACGUAAGACACUGAAAAAAACUGCAUAAAUUUGAUCGUCUGCAUAGCUACACAGCAUUAACUACAUUACUGCCAGAGUUCCACUUAAUUAUUGUACGAAAAUAUUCGAUCCAAAUCACGAAGGCUCUUAUGAGUCUUGAGAGAGGACUACCUUUUUCCAGCCUUGGACCCAGUCGUCUCUCAGCUGAAAAACGAUAACCGUGGCCGAAAGGGGGAAUGGGAAUUGGUCUAAAGAAUGUCCCGCCACAGCUGCAUAGUAUUUUGACUUUUCUUCUUUGUUGCAGAGACCUGUUUGGUCAAAUGAAGUUCAUCCUUGCACUUGUGCUUACAUUCGUCAUUUGGAUCUCCAGCAUCAUCAUUGUGGUCCCUUACGUCCUGAGCUUGGACUACAACUACAUCAACAAAACAUGUGACGAGUUAUGGAGCACUGAUGGCAGCCGCCAGGGAUACACCAUCUCUCUGUUCCUCUUGGAUUAUGCCCUGCCACUUAUCGCCCUGUUGGUCAUGUACGUGAUGGUCUGGGGACGAAUGCAAAGGUAAAAACCUGCUGCUUUUCCUUCGGAAAGUUAUUUCAGUGUGCAUGAAUUAAAACGAAUUAUGAAAUCAUAACCAUCAUAAUCAAAAUUCUCGAACGUGAUUGGUUAUCACCAGCCCGAUUUGAGCACUAAUGGGACAGUGUACGCGUCAUGCUUGUAAUUGGACAGAGGAAUAGGACAGUUACAGUGACAGUUAACACGUCAUGCCUGUGUAAGUGGACAGAAAGCGUCAUGUGCGCGCGCUGUUGUCUCGCAUUUCGCGGAGUAAACUGUUGUGUUUUUUUUUUAUGAAAACGUAUGUCUAGUUUCUUUCCCAAAUUCUGUCACAGUUUUGAUUAAUUGAUAACAGGACUUCGUGUUGUCCAAUUUUGCCUAUAAUCAUACUCGUAAUUAACAAAUCACUCGUAUGAUUACAGACCGAAUUGGACUCCACUUGGUCAUUAUUCACCAUUAUUUAUUUGCUUGCUUAAUAGAGUGUUUCUCGAUUUAGUGUCUUUACUCCAAAACUAAAGUAAUCAUUACUGGCCAAUCAAAAGACAGAAAACUUUACAAGGAGCCGAUGAGAGCUCAAAUUAAAAUCAAGCAAGCCUCUUGAGGAAUUUGGGCUUUACAGCUCAUUGAUUGAGAAAGUGGUGCGACUUUGGUCGGCCAAUCACGGAGCGAAUUAAAUCAAAACUAAUGCAGUCCUGGAUUUCGUUCUGACAUGUACCUCUUAAACUUUUUAGUUACAGAGUCGUGGAUCCUGAACGCGCCGCCAGGCGAGAACGUCACUGCAGAAUCAUCCGCAUGAUGGUGGCCUACGUCCUCUUGUUCGCCGUCCUUUUACUCCCUCACCAGAUCAUGUGGCUGAUCUUAGAUUUCGCAAAUGGCGAAAAGAAACUUUACUUCCGAGACGUUUUGAACAUCGUGUACAUCUUCACGUAUGCAAUAACGAUCACAAAUCCCAUCUUGUUCUUUAUCUACAACCCAGAAUUCAAGCGCCAUUUGUUGCACUACCUCAAAUGCCAGUGCUUCGUGAGAGGAGAGUUGUUCAGUAUGGAGAAUUUGUCCGAGUCGUUUUCGGAAGAGUUCGACCCAAAGAGCCGACGUCCGAAUGGGUACCGAACGUCCAUGCCGCCGAAGUACGAGAUGAAUGAAGUGCCCAAGGAGAACAACUAUGCAUCGACGCCAAGCAUGUUACACACGGAUGGGGUAACUUUACCUCGUUAUGAUUCUGGUCUUGGAUUGGUCGAAGCUGGGCUGUUUCCGUCGGCAGUGGAUCGACUACGUACCGCAGGGAAAUAUAAGGAAUCCACCCCGUCUACCUCCCCGCCGGGGUCAGAUGUGGUCAGUUACACGGAUAGGAAAGAUUCACUUGACCAAGGCAGUGAAAUGCUGUAAGUCGACAAAUGACCAUUAAUUUGUAAUUCUCCUUCCUGUCAACCAUACUAUUCGUAUAAUGUUAGUUCAGAGAAUUUAGUAUUGGAUCAACCAAUUAUCACCAAAUUUAUAUUUUUCUCUAUUCUCAUCACUUAUCUGGUUGAUAUUGUAUUGAUAUUGUUAGGAGAAAUUCUGUCUUGGUCACUCAUGGGAGUUAAGGGGUUAAACAAAUAACUUGAACAUUGAACAUUUGGUAUCUCGCUUUCGGAGUUGCGUUUGUCGCGCCAGGUAAAAAUUUUCAAAGUUCUUUUUUUACGAAGUCUAGGGAUUCCUCUUAACCAUUUCACUUUCAGAUGUGACCAACAAGGAAUUUCUCCUCAAAAUAUCCACGCAUUUUUAGCAGAAAGGUGACUAAGAGAAAGAAAUAUCAACGAGGCGAUAUUGCUUCAUGUAACAUCAAACUCUCAGAACUUGAAUUAUAAGCAACAUGUGGGAAAACGGUGGAGAGAACUUACAUUUAGAUCUCGGGAGUGAAAGGGUUAAUGUGCGUUUAGAAAAUCUGAUGUUACAAACAUACUUUCCAGGUUGUUGUUAGUAAUUUUCAUGUAAACUUUGUCCGUAUUACUGUACAGUGACUGCACUGAUGUACACAAUACAUUUUGUGGGAUAGUAAAUCUUUCCUUUACACGUGAAAGAGGAGAUGUGACAAUCGUAGUUUGGAAUUGCAGAAUGAAUGUUUCCGUCGGAGGAAAGAUCCAUAGCUGAGUGUGAAACUAAAGUUGUUCUGAAAAUUAAGUCUAAAAAACCUUAGGUGUGACAUUUUUCCAUAAGCGAGUUCCAAUUACUAUCUUCUAAAACAUCAGUUUUUAUGAUGUAUUUGUUCAUUUUGAAUUUCAUUUUCUGUGAAAAGACUAAACUCACUAAACUUUCGACAAACAAGUACGACCUCAUGUCACGUGCAGCAUCACCAAUCGUUGACUUAAAAAUAUACUAUGAUGAUGAAAAGAUACCACUUAUUUAAUCAGUGUCGGGAAGGAAAGAGGAGUAAUGUGAAUAGCUUGUGUAGUUUCGAAAUAGGGCACAGUGAAGUUGAAGUUAACUCACUUCGAGAGUGUAUUAUGACAUUGGAAGAGGAAAAAAGUCACAUUGUUUCUGUCAUUCGUCCGGUAGCAUUAAGAGUUUGCUCUAAGUGGUUAGAGAGAAAAUUUUACUUUAGAUAGAUGUUACUUAGCUCGGAAAACGUUUCUUCGCUGUAGGCUUUAUGUAUCAAAAAAUCUUUAAUUUUAAAUUUCGCAACCAGUUGUUAAAAGAAAAACAACAACAAAUCAACGUUUGGUACUCACGCGAUAUUCCCGUGCGCAUGCUUUGCACGAGCCAUGCAGAGUUCUUCAAAACAGCGCAAAGUUUUUAGCUUCUAUUCGAGUGAAAAUUGUCUCGUAGAGGUAAACAGAGAAGACAGUUUAUUUUGGACAUGAAGGUAAGAAUAAACAUGUUUUCUGUAGAGGAACUCUUAACCAUCUUUCAUGUAGCAGUUAACUCUGAAGGAGGAACAUAAAACACUAUGGAAACUCUGCAAAGCCUGCCGUCGACUCAACCAGUAAUACAGAUUAGAGAGGAAAGCACAGAAAUAUUUACAACGAAAAUUGUGUGAUAAUUGUGUUUGCUAACAAUUUUUGGCACCAUACUCACAUCAUUUAGUGUUAGGAUUGAGGCUCGACUUUUCUUGCGAGUCGUUCAGAUUACUCAAUCGGCCAACGCGACGCGAUUGUUACAUGCACGUCACGGCUUCAAAUGAUUUUGAGUUUUAACUUAAUCAAAUUUCAAUUAUUAACUGUUAAAGCAAACUGUGCUACCAUUUUGCGUAGAGAAAUUUAUUUAGUGUUUUAUUUAUAUAGCUUUUUGUUCACGAGAUGUAAACACCCUUGCUAUAACACAUUGUUGUGUAAAACUUACAGUCAUUUAGCACUGACAAGCGUGCAACUUCUCCCCAAAAUAUCAGUAAAUCCUCGACAUCACUCACUAGACAGGUGAUGAGAACAUAAAACUUAUCAUCCAGAGGGUGUUAUAUUGAUCCAGCAGCAAAUUCUCUUAAAUGUACAGCAGUUAAAAGGCAGAAUUUGCCGAUCAGAGUAAUUUUCAAUUGAGGGUUGCAAGACAGCCAGGAUUGCUUUGGUGUCACCUUACUUUGCUUUGUGAUUGGUCUAGGAAACUUGCGCCGCCGGCCUCUUAGCCAAUCAGAUACAACACCGAAAACGAUUGCGACCUUGUCAUUCGCAUUUUCCCGCGCUUUAAGCAGUUUCCUUGUUUUCACUUUGAAUCCUCAUUGGCUGAUGACGAUGCCAAUCUUUGUUCUGAUUGGUCGUUGGGUACACUCGAUCAAAAAUUGUUAUAGUUCUAAGAUUUUGCUUCAACUUAUUUACAUAUACCGUAAAAAAACUACUUCACAGUAUGGGUUUUUAAAAACAUUUAUAGUAUUUCGGGGGUGAGGGGAGGAUUGUUGCAAACUGUGAAACCGUAGUUUCGCCUCAUUACAAGGCGCAGUUUGUAUAUUUGUUGUUUUUAUCUCAUUUAAGGAAAUAUUAUCGCUGUUAAAUAUGUGGACUAACUGUUCCGCUACUGAUAAUAAUUAACUGGUUAUGGUUAAAAAGUUUUCUGUUACCAAACAAUAUUUAAUAGUGUGAUUUGUAAUCUUUUGUAUCGCGUACUGAUUCAUAGUGGUUUAGUAGUAAACCUUAUUAACCGCGUGUUUGGGUUGGGUUUGGGUCAAGGACGAGUGAAAUAAAAUAGUUGUGGA